UGGAAUUUCUACCCACCAGCCCUGCGCUUCGGCUUAGAUCGGACGCAACAUAUCUCCUUGUUAGAUGUCUCGGCGGGCUAGGACGUAGCCUGACGUUAUGGAUGUUGCAGAAAGGAGCGCGGAGCUUCCUGUUCCUCUCUCGAUCUGGCACAGACAGUGAACAGGCAGCGACACUGACAAACCAUCUCGAAGCCGCUGGUGCUCGCGUCAUUGUCGUCAGAGGAGAUGCCAGUGUCCGCGAGGACGUAGAGAGAGCCGUGAAAGCCGCCCCAACGGAACAGCCCAUUCGGGGUUUAAUCCAAGCUGCCAUGGUCCUCAGGGAUGGCAUCUUCAGCAACAUGACCUACACUGACUGGACAACUAGCACGAGGCCCAAGGUCUCCGGGACGAUGAACCUCCAUCACGUUCUGGCAGGUAUCCCCCUCGACUUUUUCGUCACCACCAGCUCUGUCUCCGGUAUUCUCGGCACUCCGGGACAGAGCAACUACGCCGCAGGAAACAGCUAUCUGGACGCCCUGGCUCGCCACCGCCGGCUCCGCGGCCAGCCGGCCGUCUCUCUCAUCCUCCCAAUGGUCCUGGGUGUGGGUGUGAUCGCGCAGAACGCCGAUCUGGAGAUAUCACUCAGGCGGAAGGGCAUGUACGGAAUUGACGAGACGGCUUUGCUGCAGGGCUUCGAAGUGGCCAUCCUCGAGCAGCAGGGAGACCAAGACCCCACUGGCACCGUUGACCAUAUCGUUGUGGGCCUCGACCCAGCGGAAUUGCGCAAAGCGGUUGACGAAGCGGGCGUCACGGUCGAUAGCUUCUGGAUGGACGAUCGGAGGUUCAAUGCGGUUGUGCAGGCAAUGAACGCUGGCGGUGCGUCGGGGUCAGCCGCGGCGCAGACUGUUUUGGCUGCACUGCGGGAUAGCCAAGGGAUUGACGCUGUUCAAGCAAUGGAUACUGUGGCUGAAGCGAUGGUUGGCAAAUUGGCCCGGAUGCUACUGAUUGAAGUGGAGCAGAUUGAGCGCGAUGGGCGUUCGAUUGCAAGCUACGGGGUGGAUAGUAUGAUUGGGGCAGAGCUGAGGAAUUGGAUCUUCAAGGAGAUGGAAAUGGAUAUUCCCUAUCAACAGUUAUUGGGGGCGUCUUUGGCCAUCAACAAGUUCGCAGAGCAGGUAUGUGUUACUCAAGGGAUUACAGUUAGUUCUUAAAUUAGACAGAGUGGAGGUGUUGUUUUGCUAUAUCAUCCAUGACCAAGCUGGUUACUCAGAAUAUGAUCUAGUUGCUAC